GGCUGGUUCAGUGGCUUAGCUUACACCCAUCAGACAUACCUAGGAACGUAGUGAGAAAACGAGAAGCGAGUCACUAAGACAUUGAGUAUUGGAAAUUUGAAAAGGUCAUUCCGAAUGAUUUGUAGGUCGCUCUCUGGUUUGAAAAGCCUUCAGCUGAUUGGUUUCUGUUAGUUCGGUUUCGCAAUCUCCAAUAACGCCUCCAUUUUUAAUUACUUAUCAAACUUUCAAAUUCCACAAUUCCUAUCCAUUCCAAGUCUCCUACUCGGUUUUGUGGAUAUAAAACAACAGUAUAUUUCUCUUUUAGAAGUCGUACAAACAUAGCACUACCUACAUUCAAACAUUCAAGUGAAAACUUAUAGCGAUGUCUUUUUCUACCAUUAAGAAACACAUAGCACGAUGUAAUCAGUUUUUAUCCGAAAAAUUGGGAGCUACCAAGGGCAUGGACAAGGGUCCUGAUUACAAACAACUAACUCAGCUUAUAGACUCAUACAAAGCCUUUUAUGAAGAUGUACAAAAGCGCGUUAUUGACUGUUUAGAACCUAACCCUAAUGCGCGAAAACUAGCAUGGGCUAGUGCUGCCGUAAAUAAAAUUCAGGGAAACACAAACAAUGAGAAUUAUCCUCAUGCAGAGAGGUUUCUUUCUGACUGCUUUUUGGAGUAUGGAAAACAAUUAAGUCAGCAACCCGGUUUGAGUCUGGCACUUAUUCAAUGUGGAGAAGCAUACAAUAAAAUUGCUGAAUCAAAAAAUCAGUCGGUAGAUGAAACAAAAUCUGGCUGUUUACAACCAAUUUCUGAGAGGUUACACCGAGAUAUCAGGAAAAUAUCAGUACUUCGAAAAAAAGUUGAAAAUAAACGAUUAACGUUUGCUCAUAGAAAAAAUGUUCUAGAAAAAAAUGCGUUCACAACCAAUGCUCACCCGGAUCAAGCAUUUGAGGAGUGUAGAAUUCAGUAUGAAGACGCAUUGGCGGCUAGUACAGCAGCUAUGUCGAACUUUUUGGAUACUGAAGUUGAACAAAUCAAAACUUUGUCUAAUUUCGUUAAUGCUCAAUUAAGCUUCUAUCAGGAUGCUGCUCGAAUUUUAUCCGAUCUACAUGGAGAACUUGAAAUGAGAUUGCUGGAUGCGUGUGAUCAUGCAAGACGACAAACUCCAUAUCCUGUUAGUUCAAAUGAUGCUUUACCAGAUAUACCGUCAUUAUGUCACGAGUCUACAAAUUUCCAAAUAAAGCCAAAAUACGAUGAUUGAUGACAACUGGUAUUUGGGUGAGCUAAAUGGACAAGAAGGUCAUUUCCCAACAAAUUUCGUCCGUGUAACUUGUCCUUUACCAUGAAAUUCGUUUUUUUUCUAAUGCAGUUGAUCUUUUAAUUCCUUCGUGAUGAAGUCUUAUUUCCAGUUUAUGCCUCAUCUCACCUUCCUUCAUGCUAUUACUGUUAGCAUGCUCUGUUUUUUUAUAGAUUUUCUCUCUACUUAUGGUUCGUUAAUGAGUACAAACUUAAAAAUACACAUACAAAUACACUAGAUGAUGUAUUUAUCUAGUUUCCAUUAGAAUUACGACAAUAAUUUCAAAAUUUUUACCAAAAGAGUAAUUAUUCUACUCCUUGCUCUAUUCUUAUGUCUUCCAUCUAAUUUAAUUGUGCCUGAAACAUUAUCAUCAUUAAGCGCUAUUGUAUUUUAUAAAUAGCCGUUUAUCCAUUCUUUAUUUCGUUAGUUAUUAUGUAAAAUUGUUCUUCUUGUUGUUGCUGUUGUUGUUUUGGAACAUUUUAAUAAUGACAAACAUUUUAUUCUUUCUUUGUCAAAACCGUUAUUUUGUUAUUGAUUAUAUUCUCUCUUUUUAGAAUCGUUUAUGUAAUGCCAAAAUGUUCAUUUUGCUCAUUUACUUUUUUAGCAAAUUGUUUAGUUUCUACGAAUGAUGCCUUAAAUAUGUGUAUUUAAUAUUUUCUUUUAUUGAAGUCAGCUGGUGUUACUGAUUUAUUAUUAUUAUCAUUAUUAUUAUUAUUAUUAUUAUUACUUAUUAUGACUGGUUACAUAAACCACUAUCAAUAUGUUUUGUUAUUCAGUUUAUAGAUGUUGAAUGUCUUAAUGAUAAGGGGAACAAUAUUAUUAAUUUCUUCAAUGGC